AUGUCUUUUCUUGUAAGUAAACCAGAGCGAAUUAGGCGGUGGGUCUCGGAAAAGUUCAUUGUUGAGGGCUUAAGAGAUUUGGAACUAUUUGGAGAGCAGCCUCCGGGUGACACUCGGAGAAAAACCAAUGAGGCGAGCUCAGAGUCGAUAGCAUCCUUCUCUAAGCCGGAGAUCAUGAGUAGCUUCCUGCCAGAGGGAGGGUGUUAUGAGCUGCUCACUGUUAUAGGCAAAGGAUUCGAGGACCUGAUGACAGUGAAUCUAGCAAGGUACAGACCAACGGGGGAGUAUGUGACGGUACGAAGGAUUAACCUCGAGGCUUGCUCCAAUGAGAUGGUGACGUUCUUACAGGGGGAACUCCACGUCUCUAAACUCUUCAGCCACCCCAACAUCCUGCCCUACGGAGCCACCUUCAUUGCCGACAAUGAGCUGUGGGUCGUCACGUCGUUCAUGGCAUACGGCUCGGCCAAGGACCUCAUCUGCACGCACUUCAUGGACGGCAUGAGCGAGCUGGCCAUCGCUUACAUCCUGCAGGGGGCGCUCAAGGCCCUGGACUACAUCCACCACAUGGGCUACGUGCACAGGAGCGUCAAAGCCAGCCACGUUCUGAUCUCCGCCGAUGGGAAGGUCUACCUGUCGGGUUUACGCAGCAACCUCAGCAUGAUCAGCCACGGACAGCGGCAGCGUGUGGUCCACGACUUCCCCAAGUACAGUAUCAAGGUUCUGCCCUGGCUCAGCCCGGAGGUCCUCCAGCAGAAUCUCCAGGGUUAUGAUGCCAAGUCUGACAUCUACAGCGUGGGAAUCACGGCCUGUGAGCUGGCCAAUGGCCACGUCCCCUUUAAAGACAUGCCUGCCACCCAGAUGCUGCUGGAGAAGCUGAACGGCACGGUGCCCUGCCUGCUGGACACCAGCACCAUCCCCGCCGAGGAGCUGACCAUGAGCACCUCGCGCUCGGCGGCCAACUCGGGCCUGAGCGAGAGCCUGGCCCCCAGCACCCCCAGGGCCUCCAACGGCGACUCGCCCUCCCACCCCUACCACCGCACCUUCUCGCCCCACUUCCACCACUUCGUGGAGCAGUGCCUUCAGCGCAACCCGGACAUGAGACCAAGCGCCAGCGCGCUCCUGGGCCACUCGUUCUUCAAGCAGAUCAAACGACGUGCCUCAGAGGCUCUGCCUGAGUUACUCCGACCUGUCACCCCCAUCACUACUUUUGAAGGCAGACAGUCUCAGGAUCACAGUGGGAUCUUCGGCCUGGUAACAAACCUGGAAGAGCUGGAGGUGGAUGACUGGGAGUUCUGA